CAAAUGAUAAACCCAAGUCAAUAAAACACAACUAAUGGGUCCAAAGUUUUGAAGUCCACAAAAUCUUAAUUUUUAAGAGAAUCCCACACUCACUAGCAAGAUCCACCUUCAACUUCAUCGUCAUCACCACAAACUCUCACCGUAACAACCUUCUUCAUCAAAUAUGCAACCUCAGGAACCAGAAGUAGCACUACCAUUUGAAUUUGAACUAAAUCAAGGUGAGAGUUUUCGUCAAGGACAUCUGCCUCGUCCUUUUCUAUCGCGGUCUAAUGCUUUUCUACCAAGACGUCUGCCAUCAUCACCACCAUCAUCUCCUGAUGGUUCUCAAUCAGGAGGAAGUCUGUCACCUCCAUCAUUGCUCCCUCAUGCUCCAUCAAGAGGCGAGCUGCUUCAGCUUUCUUCUUCAAGCAUUGCAUUUGGCUCCAGCAAGAGCAUGUUUAGCUAUAAGGAGCUUUGGGACGGAACGGAUGGCUUCUCUGAUGCUAACUACCUAGGAAAAGGGGGAUUUGGAUCUGUACACAAAGGUAUUCUCCCUGAUGGUAAAGAGAUUGCUGUUAAGCAGCUGAAAGCUGAUAGCAGUCAAGGAGAAAGCGAAUUUAAAGCUGAAGUUGAGAUUAUUAGCCGUGUUCAUCACAAACAUCUUGUCUCUCUUGUUGGAUACUGCAGCGCUGGUUAUGAGAUGCUACUUGCUUAUGAAUUUGUUCCUAACAAAACAUUGGAAUUCCAUUUACAUGGAAAAGCUCAAACGAUACUUGAUUGGUCAGCAAGACAACUAAUUGCUGUAGGAUCUGCGAAAGGACUUGAAUAUCUUCAUGAAGAUUGUAAUCCUAAGAUCAUUCACCGUGAUAUUAAAGCUGCUAACAUCCUUCUCGAUUCUAAGUUUGAAGCAAAGGUUGCUGAUUUUGGUCUUGCAAAGGAUUCACCUGAUUCCAGCACUCACGUUUCUACUCAAGUGAAGGGGACUUUCGGGUAUCUGGAUCCAGAAUAUGCUUAUACUGGACGACUUACUGAUAAAUCCGAUGUUUACUCUUAUGGAGUCGUGCUCCUUGAGUUAAUAACUGGACGAGUAGCGAUUGAUAAAGCUAACCCUCACAUGGACGUUAAUUUGGUUGAGUGGGCUAGGCCUUUUUUCAUGCGUGCUUUAAAAGGAAAAAAUGAUCUGGUUGAUCCAAGGCUUAAGAAGCAAUUUGACCGUAAAGAGAUGACUCAUAUGGUAGCAUGCGCUGCAGCUUGCACGCGUCAGUCAGCAAAGGAUCGACCAAAGAUGAGCCAGGUUGUGCGAGUUCUGGAAGGAGCUGUGCCAGUAGAAACUCUUAAAGCAGGGGUUACACGUGGACACAGCAGGGGUUACAGCAGAGACUACAAUAGUCAACAACACAGAGAAGAAGGCAUGACAAAGUUGAAAAAAAUAGCAUCCGUUUUGAAAGGGAAAUGGAAAUCAGAACAGUGAAGGAUUCAGUAGAAGUUCAUGAGGCUUGACUUGACAUAGGUGUUUGUUCGUUUUUUUAGUAAAAAUUCAUGAAGCAAUUGAAUUUUGCUUGACUGAUAUGUUUGUUUGAUGGCAGUACAAACCUACUCUUUUAGGGCUUUUAUUUGUUGUAUCUUUGUAUAUCAUUUAGAUAUUUUGGGGACAUGGGACAGAUUUAGUAUUACAUAACCUUCGAGAUGUAUCUACCAUGAGUGUGUAUAUAUAUAUAUAUAUAUAUGGGAUUAUUUUGGUUCAAUUAUAAGGGUUUUACAACUGUAUUUAAGGGAUUCGAAC